UAAAUAGUGCAUCGCACAAAUCACUUUCACUUAAAGUGAUUUUUCGAUUUUUCUUUUUUUGGUCUCUUGCGGUAUCGGUAGUUUCCAAAGUUUGAGAAAUACGGAACUCGGGAAGAUCGAUUUCGGGAAAAAUGUUUGCGCCUAGAAGUGAAGGUGGCCAUUUCAUGGCCAUCAGCUUGUUCUUUUGCAAAUUCUGCAAAAGAUUUCGAAGUAUUUUCCUCGUGCCAUGAGAAAAGUUAUUCAUUAAUCACAAUACUGGUAAUAGUUCAACCAACUUCAGAGUCAAAAAUUCUUUUGAAUUUGCCAGCAUCGAUUAACAAAUAACUCAAAACCCCAUUUUUUUCUGAAAAGUUCUUCAUUGACGUGCCGCCAACCUUUUUGGAAGCGUCGCCUUUUUCGAUAACGUCAUCUCACCGAAGCGUCGCUUCUAUCACGUUUGCUGCGCGAGCGAAAUUUGUCUCCCGGAGAGAGAGCGUGUCUCACUUGUCGUCGCCCGAUCGAACGGACGCGCUAGUGCUAUCUCGUUCGGUCGCACGCGUUCAAAUACGGAAUGUGGAAACGAGAGCGGCUCAAUUGGGCUGACGAAAUCCCGCUCUCGAAAGUGAAAAAAAUUGUUGGAACGAAAAAAAAGUCUACAGUGAAACGCGACAUCGAAGCAAGCCAACAGCAGAAGCGAAAAUCGUCAUACUCGUGUGAGAUCAGCCAAUCGGAUUGGAAGGGCAGCGCAUUUUUCCACCGGAUUGCUGUGUGUGGUUUUUUCGCCUAUUUCCAGCGUUGGAGUGCUAGGAUCGAUAUCGAAAUUGCGUUCAGAAUCGGAAGUGGAAGUGAAAUUCAGUGCCGUUGGGCCGGAUCCGAUAAGGUAAAGUGUCGGAAAAGUGAUUUUUCCAUCCGGAGCUCGCGGGGUUUGAAUGUGCGAAGGAAAAAAAAAGUACGAAAAGGUUGAAGAUUCUUCGCCGUCGUGAGUGCGAAAUGCGCUUCCUGCUUUUUUCUCCGACGACGGCGUCUCACCAGUGACAGUGAGUCGUGAGCUAGUGAGCAGAGGGAGGUUAGAUCUCAUUCCGGGUGGAAAUUGCCCACGAAUCGUGCCAGAAGUUGUAUAAAUUAUCUGAUUAUCUAAAUCGCCGUACGGGAGUUUGCCAAUUGGUUCUCGUAGUGUUUCGAAAUUUUGUUCCGCGUCGAUAUUUGAAAGUAGAAGUCAAAUUUUGAAAACAAAUUUCGCCAAUUCUAGAAAGAGGCUUUUGCGUAAUCUGAAUAAUCAAGAAGGAAGAACCUUUACGCUGUACCGCUUGCGUGUAGGUGUGUGCGUGUAAUCGGUUUCAAUUUUCAAGCUUUGUGCUGCUCCAAAAGUGAAAAAGUGACUCCAUCAUCAUCAUCAGGCGGGUCGAAGCGGUCGAAGGAAGCCACGAAAGAGUAGAUGGAAAAAGGUUUUCGUUGAAAGUACAACAGCAACGACGACGGCUGUGCGAGAUUGGGUGCGCGUAUGUGUGUGUGAAUGACCGACGAUUGUGAGCUGGUGAGAAGAAAAACAAGAAGACGAACAUCGUAUUUGCGUGAAACGUGAGCUCAAUCACACCAUUUGAGUAAGCAAGUUUGAGAUCGGUGAGCUGAUGAGAGCUGAUUGUGUUGAUCACUUUAUCUAACUGCAACAACUCUACCAUAGUUCAACCACCAUUUACGAGCGAAAAAAUUACGGCAGUAAUUAUCAAAUUACUAUAAAGUGAAAAGUUGACAAGUGCAGCAGUGUACGUACUCCAGAGUGCUGCCCCAACUAAAAUCUCCGGCGGCUGUGAGAUUAUUCUGGCGACGACCCCUUUCUGGGUUCCAGCCGCGCCGCGACGUAUUUGUUAGUCGGUCGUGGCAAAUUGAUUACACAUAAUACGAAAAUUGAUUCUUGUUUUUGCCUCUGCUGUUUGGAAUAGCAACUGCUGUAUGGGUGUGUGAAAUGGGUUUGUGAAGUACGGCUGAAAUCCAAAACCGCGAGUACGCCGCACGUUGGAUACAGAAAUACAAAACAGCACUGAGAAGAAAUAAAAUUUUACUAUCAAACGAAGAGCUGUGUACGAAUGUGUUUAUGAUCGAAGGCGGUCAAAAAGCAAGUUCUAAGCCGGUCGACGACGGAAAGGCAACAACGUGAGCGUGCUCAAGUGGUGUAAAGUAACGUUGUCAUUUCUGGUGCAAGAUUUAGCCGGGUUUUGUAAAACGGGAAGCAGCAGUGGAAGAAAAUAAGGCGAAGAUUAAGCCGGUAAACUCUCUGGGUGUGUUUGCCGCUUAUUUGUCUGAGGGUAAAAGGUGUGUGUUGUUUAGCUAGUUUCGUUCAACGUGAGCUUCGACUUUCUCGCUCUGGGGGUUUACGAAUGUGUGAAUGGGACUGGCUCGCGCUACAAAUACGACAAACGUAAUUGAAGGUACCGAUGCAGUUGUGGAGAUGGCUCCUGCUCUUACCGAGCCGUUGAGUCAAAGUAAGCUCUCAUCAUCGGCAACAUCUGGGGCAUCUCCUCGCACCACUGGCAGUACCGUGGGUACCGAAACGGCCCCAACGGAGACCUCGACCAGCACGCAAUCAUCUCCUCAGGACGUGCCAAGUAGCGCAAGUAGCGCCGAUUCCGGUCUGGGAACAGCAUCUACCAAUCCAAGUGAAACAGACGUCAUCCUAGCGGCUAACACGUCGUCGUCAUCGUCUAACGUCGAUCCUGGUGUGCUCGAUCAGGCCGUGGACGACAUUCAAAACAAUAACAGUAGUGGCAGUCAGUUGUUUAAAAUCGAUCCAGACAGUGGUAAAGAUCUAAUUGAACUUGAAUUGGAGCAGUUGCAUCGAGAUGCAGACGGGGCAGCACCGGUAGCAGAAACCGAAGCCGUUGCCAUUGAAGUUGGCGCAGAUAUCAUACCUGAUGAAAUUUCUCAAGCCGUCAUUGACCAGCUUGCGCAAGCAUCUGGUUCCGGUGAUCCUGGUGUUAGCGAUGAAACACCAGCGGAACUUCAGCAACUCGAUUCUCAAUCGUCGAUUAUUUCUAGCUCCAGUACCGCCAUGGGUCUCCAGAAAGACUAUCUAAAGGAUAAUCCAGACAUGGAACAGAUGCUAGGUGAACUAGCUUCCACAUCUGAUAUGGAGCUACUGCAGGUUUUCAAGAGCUUAGAAGGGAACAGUGGGGGAGAUGGUCUUUGCGCUGAACUAGCGGGAGGUUUAUCCCUUUUCAACGAUGUCGACACCAUCAACAUCUACGAGGAAGUUGCUCAAGCUACAACACCCAACAAAGACCGAGAGCGGAUGGAGAUGCACGCCGAAAUUGUAAAGCGGCAAGUGCAAAUGCAACGCAAGUAUGAUUUCCUGAUCAGACGGCUCAACAAACUACAAGCUCGAUACAUGGGUCAACACGUGAGCGAAGAAAUUGCCGGUCUCUUCGAGUAUUCGCAGCGGUAUUGGAAGAAGAAAGAUAAAGAACAAAGUAAGGGGAUCAAUUCUUCGACAGCAUCACCGGAAUCCCUCAUUCCGGACAUAAUCCCCUUCCAGCCAUACCCGCUCACCUCCGGAGACCGACCGAAACCAAUUUCCGCCAAUGCCAUGAAGACGUUUGCAAAACGGUUGGAGGGCAUUGCUACCACUCAAUGUUCGACGCAAACCAAACGAAUCUACGGUAACCGGUACUUCCAGGGGACGACAAGCUGCCCGGCUGAUGUUGCCGGUCCCAGUGGAGGAUACUCGGGCACCCCGACGAGCAGCAACAUCUCCAACACUAUUCCCAAGUAUGAAGAUUUGGCCAUCGAUCAGCUUGAGCAAACGGCAGGGCUGCUGCACGCCGAGCUGAAACAGGUGCAAAGCAAUAUCGACUCGGAGGCUACGCUCAGCAGCUCCGGUGGAGAGUCCGCGGACGAGAUGGUGAUGUACAACAACAUGAAUCAGCAGUCGUUGACGAUCGCCAAGCGAGCGGCCUGGCGAUGGGCUAAAGAUCGCGCCUCGGUGGCGGCACGAUGGACUUGGCUGUUGGCCCAGAUCUCCGAUCUCGAGUACCGAAUCCGGCAGCACAACGAAUUGCACAACAAAAUCAAAAUCAACAAGGGCACCGUUACCUUGGAAGAUCCUCCGGUGGUGGCAGCGGCCGGCCCAUCACAACAAUCGGUCAACGGAUACCGGGGAACGCUACCCGGCAACAGUAAACCCUUGGACGAUGGUUACGAUGCAGCCCUGGGAUCAUCGAAUCCGAAUGGAGCGUACGAUCAGGGCAGCAGUGGUGGUGGUGGUGGAUCUUGCCGGACGAGGCCCUUCCAUCGGAACGGUUUCCGGAAGCGGAAGCUUCUGCAGACGGCGAAUCUACACACGAUUUCCAAGAAGGCCUCGAGACCAAGUACCAUGAAAUGUGGCUGUGCGUGGCCCCUACAUCCUUGUGCCCUGUGUACCGGUCGGCAAGACCCAACGGCCCCCAGAGAUCUACCAGACACGAUGCCGGCAUCGGAUCGGGUAGCCCUGUUGGAUCCCUGCUUCCAUCCUGUGUUAAGUUUCCCCGAAGAUGUCUCGCAUAGCGUCCACUUUGAAGCCAUAAUGCGAAUACCGGACUGGCAAAACAAGAUGAUCCGCUGUUCGGCCAAAACGCUCUCGAAAGCUUUGUCCCAAAAGGCAGGCAUAUCGUCGUCCGGUGUGCUACCGUCUGCCGGAACGCCGGCCUUCCUGUCGUCCGGCGAUGAGGGCGCUCAAACCGGAAAAAAGUUUGGUACCGAUGGCAAACGGAAGUACGUUAAGAGCGGCAAAUACGCGGACCCGUCGAAUAAUCGAAUCAAAAAGUCGAAAUCUCGACGAAAUUUGCUGCUGGCUAAUACCAGCGGAGGAAGCGAUCGGGGUCGAAAAUCGUUAUAUCCGCCAGCAAUUCCCGGGACGUCCGGUUCUCAUCAGCCGUACGGAGGAUACGGUAACAACUCCGCUGGAAGCAGCUCCAACAAGUACUACAAAAGCACCAGCAGCAAGUAUCGGAAAAUGUCUCACUCUUCCUCAGCUGCCGCGGGCUAUGAGUACGGGGAUUCGGCCGGAGGUCUUAAUCAAGAUGGAGCCGGAAGUGGUAGCAGCAGAAGUAAGAACUCGUCUCCGACUCCGAAUCAUCAUCGGAAUGAUAGGCGAAAUCGGAAGGAAUCGUACGAUAUUGACAAUAUUGUCAUACCGUACAGUGUAGCAGCUUCCAACAGAGUAGAAAUUUUGCAGUACAAAGAAAUAACAACGCCCAAAUGGCGCAUUAUGGACGAAGAAUCAGCUGAUUUGGACGACACCCUGGUGCCCAAUAAAUCUUCGGACAAUACCGUCCUAGCGACGGAAGAUAUUCUCAACGCUAGUCAGCUUACCAAAACGGACAGCGGCAACGGCAGCACCAAGAGCAACUCUAGCUUAAACUCAACUGUUAUCACAAAUCCUGCUGCGGGCAGCAAUCCGUCACCUAAAGCACCGAUUCAGAUUCUGCAGGUCCCUCUGGGUCAAAAGGUUUCCUCCUUGUCGCUUCCGACAAGCAGUGGCAUUCUGCCCUCAACGGUAGUGGCCGACGUAACCAGGUCCGUUUCUGAGGGUCAACUGAUUGUGCUGCCGGCCAUCGACGAUGAGGACAUCUCCGACGACACAAUUCUGGCCAAGCACGAGCGAGCCCUGCAGGAGGAACGGCGCAAAUUCCAGACCUACAUGAAGUUCCCGUGGAGCCGCCCACGGGCAAAUCGGCGGGCCGACAGCCGAGCGGAAUCGACCGGACCGAAUACACCGGAUGCGAUGUCACCGGCACCGCCAACCCCACUCCACGAUCCUGAGUCCAACACAUCACCUGCAUGCCCAUCUACUCCGCUCACUCCGUUGGACUCACUGGAGUUGUCGGAAACAAAUGUCAUUAAUGCAUUAAAUCAAAGCCUCAGCAAGAAGGAACGAAGGCGAACCAUGUCGAACAAAACGAUCCGGGAAGGCGAAGUUCGCCGCAGCAGUACACCGGACAUCAAGGAGAUCGUUCCACCGUACGAAUCACUUCAGUUCCCGUUGCCGGACGACAUGUUCGAGGAGAUGGUUCGAUUGAUGCCCACCGAUCAUCUGGAUCUAGUGGAAGAUGCCAUCCGGAAGCUGACCCGACCGGAUCGGCCGAAUAACAAUUUGCUGCUGGCUAGCAGAAACAGCAGCAUCAAUCUGGUCCCAUCGAGUAGCGGUCUGCUGGCGAAUCCGUUGAGCUCUAAUCACUCCACCACCUCGACCACUUUGUCCGCCACAGAAAAUGAUCUGGACGAUCUCGACGACGAUGACGAUGACCGACUUAUGCAGGCCAAGAAAGUCGAAAAUCAGAUCAUUAUGGAACGUCUGCUAAAGAGCUGUGACGAAAGUAGAAUGUACGGUGCCGAUGGAGGCCGUCCCGGAUUAGGGGAAGAGGAUCCGAUGGAAGACGACGAAGAAACCGAUACCGGAGAGUCGCUGUUCGUCGAAGAAGACGAUCCCAACGAUCCGGAGUGGUAUGAUCGCCCUGGACGAGGCCGAACUUAAGGCAACCACUGAUUCGCUUUUUUAAACCAUUAGAUUUUGGUGGAAGACCUCUACUUCAAAUUCAGAUCUCUGGGUGCAGCGGAAUCUGCAAAUCAAGCUAUUUGCCAUUUGUCGGUUUACUACUACUUCUAUAACCGUAUUAUCAUUUCGCUAUGCGGUACUCUUUGCUUUUGUCUAUUUUCAUUUUAAAUACUAUUAUAGGUCCUAAAUCAUACCCCCUAGUUCUUCGCACGAAGAUUCAAUAGAAAUUACGUGUUGAUGAGAGAAACAAUAACGAUGUACUAUUACUAUUACUGUUAAAAACGAUGAAAAAUAAUUGAGCAAGCAAAAUAAUAGAGACAAAAAAGCUCAUCGUGUGUGUUGCUUUGCCGAAUUCAUACCCAAUAUAUACAUACUGACAAACAUUACAAAACCCACAUAGCAAACACUGAUGAUGACAAACCAUUGGUGUGAAGAGACGAUAGCUUAGCAAUCAAUUAUCGUUUUUUAUCUUAAGAAAUCUCUCAACACUUGAAAUCCCACUCCCACUUUCUAGUAGACAGACUGGACGAAAAAAAUAUCGGGCAUUAACUAAAAUCGUAUGUAUUUUAAAUUUUACUCCAAAACAAAAUUCGGACGAACGAUGAUAUGAAAUAUUUCUCGUUAAUAAGUAAAAUAAGAACAAAUCUGCAAACGACAAAAAAAAUGUAGCAUAUGUUAUAAAAAAACAAGCUAAAUUUCAACCGUGUAGAAAUCUGUGAAUACCAACCAGUAAAUAGUCUAUAAGUGAAAAAAAACAAACGCUUAAGAAAAUGAAUCAGUCUAAACCAACAAAAAGAUUUAUAUGUUCUCUGCGACUUUGUAAAUAUUCGAUACAUCCAUCAGGCACCCUCCUUUUCCCAGUAGAAAAAGAAAGUUUCGUUUAUUGUUAAAAUUUAUAAUUUUUGAAUAUCCUUCGAAGUACCGGGUUUGAUUCUCUUGAGUGGAGAUUGUGAGAACUAACCCAGAUAAAUUCUUCUCUAGUGCUAUAAAAAUAUUGUGUUUUUCCUUCGUUCGGCUGUUUUGUAUCGUAAAAUUUUAUUGAGGUGUUUCGGCCUGCGCAAACCUUUCGUUUCGUAGAAUUGAGCUAAAUAUUUCGUUGAGUAAUAAGGAAAGGAUGUAAUGUUAGGAAUAGUAUGUAUGUCAGCGCAGAACGGCGGAAGCUCACAUUGUCCCAAAGAUUAGGACAUGAGAGACGUGUGUUUAUCACCAAAAUAUGAUAUAGCAUCUAAAAUCCUAAAGUGUUGAUUAAAAAAAAACAAGAAAGAUAAAUUUGGUAAAAAUAGAUAUGUAGGCACGGAAGGGCUGAGGAUCACCGGAUCCUGUAACAGAUUUAUGCCACAUUUUGUUAGUAGGCACUAGCAUUGACAGUCAGUGUCGCGAACAAAAUUUACUUGUAGAGAUGUGACACUAAAAAUCUUCUCACCAAAAACAUUUGUCAAAAUAAAGAAAACACGCGACGAAGCUGGCGAAUGGAGGCCCUACCAUAACCUUGGACUUUACGUAAUUACUGAAUUGUCCUUUUGCGUAGUGGCCACUGCUGUCGGUUGCGUUCGGCGAUUUUUUUUUAAACCACAAA